GCUGGUUAUCCAUUGCCUCCUCGGCUCCGACCGUGGGUGGCGCGGUGCGGUGUCCUGGCUCCCCGCCAGCAACGCGCAGCCGCUUUCGGCCGAGAGAAUAAGCUCGAGGCAGCUUAUCCACCGCUUCCUCGGCUCCGACCGUGGGCGGCGCGGUGCGGUGCCCUGGCUCCCCGAGAGCAGCGCGCUCGCUUUUGGCCCAGCGCGCACGCGGAGCUGCUCUCGGUGCCUCCGCGCGCGCCUGGCGAGCGCGAUGGGGCGUGGACAGGGGCCCCAGGGCGGCGCCGGCAACCAGGGCGGCGCGCUGGGCAGCAAGUCGGCGAAGCCGCGCAAGCCACGGGCGUCGAAGCGGGCGGUCUGGAGCGGAGACGCCGGAGGCGCCGACGUGGUCCCGGAGCCGGAGGAGCAGGGCCCGCCGCCGGCCUACACCGUCGUGGCGCCCGGGCGGCAGCAGCGGGCCGAGCUGCUGGCGGCUCAGCGGAAGGAGGAGGCGGGCCUGCAGCGGCUCCGUGCCCAGAAGGCCGCCGCCCGUGCGCGCGCCAUCGAGGGCUGCACCGCGACGCUCGGCCGCGGCGGAGAGAGCGAAGGGGAGAGCGACGACGAGGAGCCCGCGCCCCCGCAGAGUGCAGAGGAGCUGCGCGCCGCGCGGCUGCGGCGGCUGGAGGCCGCGCCCGCGCCCGCGGCGCGCCCCGGCUCCUCCAGUGCCGGCGCGGCCUCCUCGGGCGACGGGCAGGGCGCCUCCUCGGGGUGCCGUGCCAGCACCUCGGGCGGCGGCCCAGGCCCUGCCAGCGGGGCCGCCGCCGCCGCGGCCUCGGCGGCGGCGGGCCGCGCCGCGCAGGCGGGCGCCGAGGCGGGCGCCGCCCGGCGCGCCGUGGAGCUCCUGGGCGCGCUCGCCGCGCGCGCGGCGGCGCCCGAGGCGGAGGCGAGCACUAGGCUGCUGUGCACCGUGCUGCGCAACGCGACCAAGGCGGACCCGAAGUACCGCCGCCUGAACGCCGCCAUCGAGAGGCUCUGGCUGGGGCUGCUGCAGCACCCCGAGCUCGUGGCGCUCCUGCAGGCGGCUGGCUUCGAGCGAGAGGCAUCUGCGGCCUGCGGGGCGGACGCCGUGGGCGAGCCGCCCCCGCCUGCGGCGCCUCCGCCGGCGGGGCGCGAGGUGGUGUUGCUCCACCCGGGUGGCCAGGAGCUCGGCCUCCUGUUGGCGGUGCUGGGUGCCGCAGUCGAAUGGGCCGCCGCGCUCGGCUGGGAGGGCUGCUGA